AUGACUUCUAUCUCAGAAUUUAACCUGGCAGAGCAGUUUACGCAGUUCUCUCCGCCCUCGACGUCGCUCAAAAUAGGGACUGUCGUCACUUUUGGCAUCACUUGCUUCAUUGCCACAGUCUUUCUGGCCCUUCGCUACCUUCAGGCUUUCAAGCUGACCAAGAAAAUUGAGAUAGAUCUGAUCAUGAUCACGUUGUCCUAUGGAGUUGCGCUGCUCUAUUCUGUGUCUCUUGUAAACUUCAUGUACCUUCCGCAGGAUGUUAGCUUAAUAGAUAUGAUGUGGGUCCUUAAGCAAAUGCUCAUAAGUGUCUUGGCUUAUCUAAUAUGCCCAUCAAUCACCAAGAUGGCCAUUCUGGCUGUCUUAUUCCAAAUCAAUCCUGCAAAAGUAUACCGCUGCACUGUUGUGGCUGUCGCAGCAACGAUCUUUGUAUACACCCUAGUCCUAUGCAUCAUCACCGGAGGACCGUGUAGUCCUCUUCAUCUAACAAAUAUGGGGUGUCUACGGAAUGUCUCGAUGGUCCAUGCGGUUCUGAACAUUGUCUCUGAUCUCGCAGUGAUCAUCAUCCCGAUCCCGACGAUCCAUGGACUCCAUUCUUCAAAGAAAAACAAAAUUACGGUCGGCUGCUUGCUGGCUCUGGGAUCUAGCGUCGUCAUCUGCUCAAUAGCACGGGUACCAUACAUGCUGAGCUAUAAUACAUCCAUCCACUCAACCAAGACCGAAGGGGUUAUAGGAAUUUGGUCCCUCUUCGAGAUCAACUUUGGAAUCACAUGUGCCUGUGCAAUGCGGCUCAAGCGCCUGAUCUCGACAUAUCUACCGCGACUUUCACUAUUCUCGUCGCGCGGUGCAGCGGCACUCUCCGAGGAAACGCCCGUAGAAAGGCACGUACCCCAAAGGGGUAGAGUUCGGCAGUCAUACCAGCUGCACAGCAUCCAGGAUGGAAACUCCAGUCCGUGUAUAAGCCCAAAGCACAUCUCCGUGCACCAGACGUUCCAGAUUGAUGAACACACGCACGAUGCGCCAAAACUCUUCGAAGAAACGCCCGGAGAAAGGCUCAUACCCAAAAGUGGUAGAGUACGGCCGUCAUACCAGCUGCACAGCAUCCAGGAUGGAAACUUCAAUCCGUGCAUGAGCCCAAAACACAUCUCCGACCCCCAGAUGGAUGAA